UACAAACCAAAAAUGAGAUUCGAGAUGUGACGUGGGAAAAGGGUAAGGAAGUUCAGUUUUCACUUUUCCCUUCACUAUGUGUCCGUGUGAAUAGUGGAACAAUCCUUCCCAAAAACGUUCGUUUCAUUUCCCACUGACACUCUUCCAAAUUCCCAAAACAUCAAACAUCCCAUUUCAGAUCACCCCACCAGCCCAAUGCCAUUUUCUUCACCAAAUCCUCCCACCCCACCACCAAUUUCCCCGACUACCACCCACAAUCGAGGGUGAUUUCACUGAGAUUUGGGGUUUUGAGGUUGAAAUGAACGGCCACAAGUUCCAAAUCUUCGAUUCUGUUCCUGCCUAGUGAGAGCGCGUGGUUUCUCCCAUGGCAAAGCGAGUCUAUCAAGUGUGGCAAGGAAGCAAUAAGUUCUUUCUUCAUGGGCGGUUCAUCUUUGGGCCGGAUGCUAAGUCAUUGCUUGUCACUUUAUUGCUGAUCAUUGUUCCAGUUACUAUUUUUUGUGCACUUGUUGCAAGGCAUCUUCGCCAUGAAUUUUCGCCAUAUAAUGCGGGAUAUGCAGUUCUGGUGGCUGCAAUUGCCUUUACCAUCUAUGUUUUGCUGCUUCUUUUUCUUACUUCGGCCCGAGACCCAGGUAUAAUUCCACGUAAUUCCCAUCCACCUGAAGGAGAGAUUCGAUAUGAUUCUUCAGUUGAGGCUGGAGGAAGACAUACACCAAGCCUACAAUUCCCUCGAACAAAAGAAGUUAUGGUCAAUGGCAUUGCUGUAAAGGUGAAGUAUUGUGAGACGUGCAUGAUAUAUCGCCCUCCUCGAUGCUCGCAUUGCUCCAUUUGCAACAAUUGUGUAGAACGUUUUGAUCACCACUGCCCUUGGGUAGGCCAGUGCGUUGGACUGCGCAAUUACCGUUUCUUCUUUAUGUUUGUUUCUUCUUCAACUCUUCUUUGCAUAUAUGUCUUCGCCAUGUCAGCUUUCUAUAUUAAGGUUCUGAUGGAUAAUCAAAAUGACACAGUUUGGAAGGCCAUGAAAGAAUCUCCUGCAUCUGUGAUACUCAUGGUAUAUUGUUUUAUUUCUCUGUGGUUUGUUGGUGGACUCACAGGCUUCCAUUUGUACCUCAUAAGCACAAACCAGACUACCUACGAGAAUUUCCGGUACAGAGCUGACAACAGGAUCAAUGUGUAUGACCGUGGGUGUGUGAAUAAUUUUCUUGAAGUAUUCUGCUCAAAGAUAAAACCCUCAAAGAACAAGUUCCGAGCUUAUGUUGAAGAGGAGGUCCAGAGGCCUCCUUUAGCAUCCACACAUCAAGCAGCAGCAGCAGCAGCAGAAGAAGAAGAUCUGAAUGCAGAUACACGUGAGAAAGUAGAAGAUGAUCUAGGGAUAGGCGAAGACCUCUUGAAGAUCUCCCAACGUCGUAAUAUUGAAGAAAUUGAUGGGGAAUUAUGUGACAGAGGGAGCAAUGGGCCUCACCAUAAUUCUUCAGAGGUUGACUCUGUUUUGGAUUCAGAUUUUCGUUCUCUCACCAUCCAAGCGGAGACUCGGCACCCAAGCUGGGGUAGGAGAAGCAGCAGCUGGGAAAUUGCACCCGAGGUCCCUGCCACAAACUCCAGAGUUACCGAAAGCAGAAGCCAUGUCACUGCAAGGGAAGCAAACCAUUAGUUUAAUAUAUUGGAUCUUAGCUUGGGACUGCAUGGGUGGUGGACUGUGAAUAUUUCAGUGUUCUUUUCCUCGUCUGAAAUGGAAAAUUCUGUUCAUUAGAAAAUAACAUUUAUGCAAUGGGGAGUCAAUUUCACUCCCCUUUUACGUCUAAAUUUGUAUCACCCACUUUUUUUUUUGGUGGAAAUUACCAGCUUCAAUUCCUUACUAGAAAGCAGUGAAUAGGAAUGCCUGUGUGUAAUUGUUUGAGCAGAUAAGGGGAGAGUCUGAUUCUGUUUUCCAUUCUUUUCUUUUGUCCUCUCCCUCUUGUGGGUUGUUGGAUUGGAUGUCUAUUGCUGGAUUUAGUCUGUGUAAAAACUGCCUGAAACUAGAUGGACUUUCUCCAUUUUCUCUUUCAA